AUGUCAAUGGGCAUAUACUGUAAACGCAGAAAGCCCAUGUCAAUGGGCAUAUACUGUGAACACAGAAAGCCCAUGCCAAUGGGCAUAUACUGUAAACACAGCAAGCCCAUGCCAAUGGCUAGAUACUGUAAACACAGAAAGCCCAUGUCAGUGGGCAUAUACUGUAAACACAGAGAGCCCAUGUCAAUCGGAAGAUACUGUAAAAACAGAAAGCCCAUGUCAAUAGGAAGAUACUGUAAACAUAGAAUGCCCAUGUCAAUGGGAAGAUACUGUAAACACAGAGAGCCCAUGUCAAUGGGAAGAAACUGUAAACACAGAAAGCCCAUGCCAAUGGGAAGUUACUGUAAACACAGAAAGCCCAUGCCAAUUGGCAUAUACUGUAAACGCAGAAAGCCAAUGCCAAUGGCUAGAUACUGUAAACUCAGAAAGCCCAUGCCAAUGGCUAGAUACUGUAAACACAGAAAGCCCAUGCCAAUGGCUAGAUACUGUAAACACAGAAAACUCAUGCCAAUGGGAAGAUACUGUAGACACAGAAACCCCAUGCCAAUGGAAAGAUACUGUAAACACAGAAAGCCCAUGCCAAUGGCUAGAUACUGUAAACACAGAAACCCAUGCCAAUGGCUAGAUACUGUAGACACAGAAACCCCAUGUCAAUGGAAAGAUACUGUAAACACAGAAAACCCAUGCCAAUGGCUAGAUACUGUAAACACAGAAACCCAUGCCAAUGGCUAG